ACAGAGGCAGCGCAGGCACCGGGCGCCCUUCGCUGCGGAGUCCCGCGGCCACACCGGGAACCCGCCGCCGCCGCUGCCCUUCCCGGGGCGGGCCCGCGCUCCGCGCUUGCUGCUCCCCGGACAGUGGCAGGCCGACCGCGUGUCACCGCGUAUUUCCUCCUUUCUCCGGGAAGCGGCCCGCGGAGGCGCCAGCCCCGCCCCGCCGGGGCAGCAGCGCGGGCGGGAGCGGCCCGGCUUAACCGCGGCCCCGGGGGGAGGCCGCGGCUGGGCGAGCGCCUCAUCGCCAUCAGCGCCCGCGGCGGCGCUCCGCGUGACGUCGCGCCGGGAGGAGGCGCGGAUUGGCCGGCACGGCCUGGCGCCAAUACGUGUCUGCCCGCGAUUGGCCCAUGGCGGCGGCGCGGCGACAGCGCGCGCGGCGGUACCGCUUCCAGGAGGGUCCGGCGGCGCUGGCCGUGCGCGUGCCCGAGGUACCGGGGGCAGCCGGGACACGGGAAACGGCGGCAGCUCCCGGACCCCGGCACAGCGCCUCGCCCCGUGUCUUGCAGGUGCUGGACUCGCAGUACGGCACGUACGUGUGGCCCUGCGCCGUGGUCCUGGCCCAAUACCUGUGGGCGCACAGGCAGAGCCUGCCCGGCAAGCGAGUGCUGGAGAUCGGUGCCGGUGUGAGCCUCCCCGGCGUGGUGGCCGCCAGGUGCGGCGCCCAGGUGAUCCUGUCGGACAGCGAGGAGCUGCCCCAGUGCCUGCAGAGCUGCCGCAGCAGCUGCCUCAUGAACCGCCUGCAGCACGUGCCCGUCCUCGGCCUCACCUGGGGCCGCGUGUCGCCUGAGCUGCUCUCUCUUGCGCCCAUAGAUGUUAUUUUAGGCUCAGAUGUCUUUUUUGACCCCAAAGACUUUGAAGAUAUUUUAACUACAAUUUACUUCUUGUUGGAGAAGAACCCACAUGCUCAAUUCUGGACAACAUACCAAGUCCGAAGUGCUGACUGGUCUAUCGAGGCUCUGCUCCACAAGUGGAACCUGAAGAGCAUCCACAUUCCCCUGCACUCGUUUGGUGCAGACAAAGAGCACUUGGCCAGCUCCUCUAUGCCAGGAAGACACACAAUUGAAAUGAUGAUCAUCUCACUAGCACAGUCAGAGGGCACUUCACUUUAUUCCACUUCAGAUUGCAGUACAAGGUGAUACUCAGCUGUUCACUGGAGCACAGAGCUGCAGAGAACAGUCCUGGUUACAGCAAACCUCAUGGAUAUUUUGGGGAAGCAGCAAUUCCUAAAACAUGCAUUGUAAAAAUAAAGCUGUUUGGUUUUCCA